CAGAGACACGAUGUUGUGCUCAGCUUCUGGAGAGACAAAUCCUGCCUGCCACAGGGAAAGUCUUUCAGGGUCCUCCUCAAUUGCCUCCUCCCAGUGGCUAAAGAGCUGCUCCCCAAAGGACUAUAUGCAUUGUGUCUAUCCCGAGCUAUGAUGGACUUGAUCUUCACUGUGAUGCAGCAAAAGAAAUCCAGGCCUCUGUUAGCAUAAUUGAUGUUCGUCUGGAAGAAUUGGACGAGGCGGUGGGCAUAACCCCGCGUAGGAGUGGUCGUGUGUGGCCGGGGAAGUAGUGAGGAGUGUUGCCGUGCUGUGGUGACAGGGAGCGCACUUGGAAUUAAGAUCACACGCCCGCACCUUGGCAGUGCCCUCAAACCUUUUCCCACCCUCGGCACUGACGCUGGCUCUCACCGCAAGAUUUUACUUCGUAGGCCGGAAGACUGCUUCAUUCUGCAGAUUUCCUACCCACAGUUCUAAGACUUAGGACUUGUAAGACUGGAAAGUUUGUGGUACAGGCUCGAGCUGAGUGCAUCAAGUUGGCCUCGCAGAAGACAGUGGAAGCUUUGAGAAAACAAUCCCGCAAUGUCUGUUUUCUGGGUUUAUUUCAUGCUGUUUGCAUCUGCAUUCCUUGAGUGUUUCUGUAGUAGUGCAACAAACAACUCUGAGGUUAGAUUACUGCUUGUGUCUUUUGAUGGGUUCAGAGCCAGUUACCUUGAACGUUACACAUUUCCUAACCUUCAGAAGAUGAUCACUGAUGGAGCCCUGGUGAAGCAUGUAAAAAAUGUGUUUGUUACCAAAACCUUCCCAGAUCAUUACUCCAUUGUCACAGGCCGUUAUGCAGAAAGCCAUGGUAUUGUAGCCAAUUACAUGUAUGAUACAGCCACCAACAAGACAUUUUCAACCUUUCGAGAUCAAGAUCCAUUUUGGUGGAAUGAGGCCACUCCAAUAUGGGUGACUAAUCAACGGCAAGGUCACAAGAGUGGUGGAGCAAUGUGGCCUGGUACUGAUGUGUCUAUACACAAUACAACCCCUUCCUAUUACUUAAAUUAUAACCGCAGUGUUCCAUUCAGUAAGAGAGUUGACCACAUCAUAGAAUGGUUUUCCAAUUCAACACACCCCAUUAAUUUUGGUACAUUGUACUGGGAGGAGCCUGAUUCUACUGGACAUCAUUAUGGACCUAAUAGUAAAGAACUGGUCAAAAUGUUGAAAGAAGUGGAUGAUAACAUUGGCUAUUUAAUCGAGCAACUUCAAAAGACUGGACUGUGGAACAUAGUUAAUGUAGUUAUCACCAGCGAUCAUGGGAUGGCGCAGUGUUCUGAUAAGAAAGUUAUACAACUGGAUAAUUGCAUUGGACGUGGUAACUACACUCGGGUGACUUUUUCUCCAGUGACAGCUAUAUUGCCUCUUUCAGAUGUAAAUUAUGUGUAUAAAUUGCUGUCAAACUGCGAUAAUCAUAUGAAAGUUUAUUUGAAAGAAGAUAUCCCAGAUCAUUUCCACUACAAGCACAACAAAAGAAUUCAACCAAUUCUCCUUGUUGCUGAUGAAGGAUGGACGAUUGUUCAGAAUGGAACAAUCCCACAAUUGGGUGACCAUGGUUAUGAUAAUGCUUUACCGAGCAUGCAUCCCCUUCUGGUGGCUUAUGGACCAGUAUUUCAAAAAGCUUAUAAAAUGGAAUCCAUCAACAGUAUUGAUGUCUAUCCACUGAUGUGCCACAUCCUUGGACUGAAGGAGGAGCCCAACAAUGGAACUUUCAGAAACGUGCGAUGCUUACUGGCCAGUGAGUCAUGUGUGGGCCUACCUGAUGUGAUUGGAAUUGUGAUUGGCUCCUUAAUGAUAUUGAUUACAUUGUCCUGCCUCAUAAUACUACUGAAAAAACGAGCAUCACCUCGCCGUGCAUUUGCGCGUCUUCAACUACAAGAUGAUGAUGAUGAUGAUCCUUUGAUAGAUUAAUUUCAAAGCUGUGUGGCAAGAGCCUUCUAUGAUUGUCAGUGAAAUAUAUUUAUCAUCUUAGGGUGACAAAAGCCACUGUUGUUUAGUGAUACAACUUUCUUAAGUUUAAGAACCCUAAACACCAUGCAACAAAGUCAUACCAAAACACAUCCAUCCUAAAUACGAGACAACUUUGCAGGGAGCAACAAGAGCUAAUCUUAUUAGAUUUAGUAAGACCAGGUAAUUUCUACAGCCAUUGUGCUUGUUUACUUCACGGCAGAAUGCUUGGCAAUGGUAGUUAUCAGUAUCAAGUCAUAUUGAUUUAUCAGAGCUGCAAGUGCUUUCAGACAGGUCAUUUGACUUCAAAAAGAACUAAGGUCUGGUGCUCGCCUAAAGAUGCUGAGAUUAUUUAACUUUCAAGUAUAGGAUCAGUCAUACAGCAAGGAAAAAGUUAAUAUGUUAAAUAGAAUGUAGAAUGGAAGAAAACGUUACAUUUAUAAUAGUUGUUUUAGUUUGGACAUUUUGAGAAGUCACUGUUUGCUCCAGUGCCCCCGGAGCGCCAGAUCGUUUAAACAUCUUCUGAUCUGUUGGUAAUUAAAGGAUUAAAUUUUGCAAACAGUAGGUGAAUCUUCAUAACUAUUCGAGUUGCUUGAUGGUCUACAGAUUGUUAAACAUUUUAGUCAAAUUAUUUCAAGCAGAUUUGAGAUUGAUUUUUAUAUCGUAGAAAAUAGGGUGUAUAUCUAUCAAAAGUACUUAACUGACAUGCAGUAAAUGACUUUUCAAAAGAUUUUAUUCAAAUUAGCUAUUAUGAAAACUAGGCAAUUGAAUAGAGGUAGGUGUACAGUAUUUUUCCAUUGGUACUGUAAUAGUCAACAGUUGUGCUGAAGGAUUAAUGCUUCUAAUAUUUGCAAUGUAACUUAAUACAAAUUGAUUUUAUUUUUAGUGUCCCAUGAAGUUUUGGCUGAAUAUUCAAAUCCUUAAGUUCUUACUCUACUCACAAGUAGAUGUUGUUAUGUCUGUUAAUGAGGAUGGUAGUCAUUAUAUAAAGCUACAAGUAUAUGGGAAAACGUGCAGCUAAAACUAACAAGCAAUGAUGUGUAGUUGCUUUGACCUGGUAACAAAUGGUUGACAUAUAUGGAGGCUAAGGAUCAAAUCAUAAAUGGAAUCCAUACCUUACUCAUUAUUUCCAUUUAGGAUGGAAGGUAUUACUCUAUUUCAAAUCAUUAUAGUCUGUGUGGAGAUUAGACAUGCUAGAGCCCAAGCUCCAAUAGAGUUCACAUUUCUACUGUAGUGCAAAGAUGGAAAAAAAAUCAGGAAUGUACUCAUCAUGUUAUACUACAAGCCACCUGUUCUCUUCAAAAUCACUGGCUGAUAAGGAGCAUGAUCUGGGCCAAUGUGUACUGUUUACUGCCUGGUUUAUAUCAGUAAUCAUAGUUUAUUAAUAGAUAUUUUAAAAAUGAAAGCAUUAUCAUUCUAUUUCAACCCAGCUAAUGUAACGCUUUAGAAGUUAACUAUCAAGAAAUAAUUAGCCUCAAAUCAUAAAUUUAUACUAAUCUGUUUGUCAAACUGUUACAUCACUUGCACACUCCAAAUAACAUUCUUUGGGUGAUUAACUGACUGCUUAAAUAGGGAUUUCCACAAACGUACAUGAGCGUAAAGAUCCAAGUGUUUGAUACUGCUUCAUUGAAAUUGCAAAUUCAGAACUAAUGUAUCACUGUUAUUUUGCUGAGAUAUGCUACCAAGAAAACCACUUUAAAAGUCAAAAUGAAUGGAUCUUAGAGAUACCUCAUGCCACUGGCGGUAUCGUUCAAACUUGAGCCUUUGAAAACUGUCCCAUUUUAGACAGUACUAUUUUAUAAAAUAUAGUGUUUUACUUCCAGUUUGUUAAAAAAGCUAAAUGAGAAUAAAUACAAGUGUGAAGAAAAUAGAAGCAAAGAGAACAGGUAAGUGAAAACACUGAAUUUAUUUAAAACUAGGUACAGUUUAUUUCUCUCCACCGCCCCCCCCCAGCAUUCAUACAACACCUCUUUCCCCUGCCUUUUAGGAAACAAAAUUCUGCACAAAGUGAGCAAAACUAAAUCAGCACAAAUCAGAAAUAAAAGCAAGAGACAUUAGCAUCUCUCCCCAUUACUUUAAAUACUUGUCAAAAUACUACGUAAAAAUGAGCAACUCCCAAACUGUUAUUGUAAACAGCAACUUGUUUAGAAUUCUUUCAUUUCCUUAAGACACUGAAAAGAGAAAACAAUGUUUCAAUAUUUCUCCUCACUUCUACAUUGGUUGUUAACCAACUUUGGUAAAAGGUAUGAGCACUGGUGAUUUUUAAAACUAAAUACUGUUAACUUUGUUAUUAAAGUUGAAGGCACCUGUGUCUAAUUGAGUUUAAUGUUUCAAUCUUAAAUGGACUACUGCAACAAAUAAAUGGUGAUUUUAAAAUUUAAAGAUGAACUGUAAAUAUUUUUCCAGACUACAAGUCCACUUCAGAUCACAAAAGAUACAAGAUGAAGGGUUAUGAAAAUAAGCUAAUGAAAAAAUGCAUUCAGGAAUUAUCACUUUUCUGCCUCGUGUAUUUGGAUUCUGAACAGUGAUUAAUAAAUAUUUUACUUUUGUAAACAGAUUCUGGUAUUGAUUUUUUUUUUGUAAUACAUGGAUAUAUCACAUCACUGAAGUAAUUGCCUGAUUACAAUGGACUAAACUUAGAUGUGAAAACAAGACAAACUGGUAUGGUUAUCACAAAUUAACACACAUUGUUUAUUUGGCCAAUAGAUUCAAAUGGCAAGAUGCUAACACAGGAGUGUUCUCAAUUAGUAUUCAUCAUUGUUAGCCUUACAAAUAUUGAUGGACCAAUUACAUAUGCAACACUCACUUCUGUAUGUCAACGAAAAAUAAGCCAGCAAACGUUGGAUUUCUUAUCAGAUUUGAAUACAAGCAAAAUACAUUCAUGUGGUAAAUGAAAUUAUAUUAAGUAGUAGCAAUAAGUAAACUUUGAUCUUGCCCAAUGUUGUAGCAGCUGAUCAUAAGUCAUGGGGUGCUUCUUGUAUAUUAAACUCAAAUGCAAAGUUAGGUACUUCUGUUGCUCAGGAGUCAUUUCAAGUUAAUGCAAGGGAUAAAGAAAUUGCCAUUUAUGUUUAUGUAGUGCACAGAUGAUGAAUCUCCAACGUACAGCCAGAAUCUACUAAAUGAAUAACCAUAACCAAACUGAAGAAUUACUAGGGUAGAAACUGGACUCUACUGCACCGAUUACAAUUCAAUGAAAGAAAACACUGAUGUCUUCCACACCACAGUCAAGUGAAAUACAUCCACUACCAUAUUACAGUGCAUAUAUUCAACAGAUGAUCUAAAGCAUAUGGAUCCCUUGCAUAUUUUCAAGUGAGUUCUCAUGUCAAUUCCUGAUUCUCCACACAGACUUAAAUCUCUGGAUAAUGAGUCUGCAUGCUCUGCCCAAUUUGUUGAGGUUCUUAACCAUUUAAAAUCAGUUCUUAAGUGAAAUUUUCAAAGUAUUUUAAACUGUAUGCAGAACCAGGGAUGGGAGAAACAGAGGACAUUACCAUAGACCACUCCAUUCCACCAACCACAUUCUCACCUUUUCUCCAUCGCAACUCCUUUUCUCCUCUCCAUUACCUCACCAACCUCCUUCCAAGAC